AAACACGAAGCAGGACUUCCGGCAUGUGACGUGUCUGCCUGCUGCAGGACCGGAUGGUAGUGCUGGUCAGAUGCAGUUUAAACUACUAAGAGCAGCAACACACUGGGUACAUCUGGAGGGAAGACUAGCCGGUGUGAAGAUGCUGUGGUGGCUGCUUGGAGCUGCUUUGCUGGCUCGAGCGGCCGGCUUCUACCUCCCCGGUCUCGCUCCCGUCAGCUUCUGUGAGACUGAAAAAGAACAAGUACCAGACUGCAAGUCAAUCAUUGAGCUGUUUGUGAACAGGCUGGAUUCAGUGGAAUCUGUUCUACCUUAUGAAUACACUGCGUUUGACUUUUGCUCAGAGAAAACAAUGAAACGUCCAUCAGAGAAUCUUGGCCAGGUUCUUUUUGGGGAGAGGAUCGAACCGUCACCAUACAAGUUUGACUUUAAGAAACCAGCAGUGUGUCAGAGGGUGUGUACCAGAACCUAUGACACCAACAACCCAUCAGACAAAGCCAAACUGGACUUCCUCAAGAAAGGCAUGUUACUCAACUACCAGCAUCACUGGAUUGUGGAUAACAUGCCGGUCACCUGGUGUUAUGAUGUUGAAGAUGGACAAAAGUUCUGUAAUCCUGGUUUCCCUAUUGGAUGUUACGUCACAGAAGCAGGACGUGCCAAAGAUGCCUGUGUGGUCAAUUCUAACUUUAAUGAAAAGGAUGCUUUUUACAUCUUUAACCAUGUGGACAUCACCAUCCAUUACCACAUUGUUGAGAAUGAACAACUCGGAGCACGAUUGGUUGCUGCCAAGAUUGAACCCAAAAGCUAUGAAAACCCUAAUGAAAACCCUGACUGCACUGGAGGGCCAAAGUUCCUGAAAAACAAACACACAGGAGUGUUUAAGAUCCCAUACACCUACUCUGUCAACUUUGUGGAAGACAAAAAUAUUCGCUGGGCAUCUAGAUGGGACUACAUCCUGGAGUCAAUGCCUCACACCAAUAUCCAGUGGUUCAGUAUAAUGAACUCGUUGGUGAUCGUGUUGUUUCUGUCUGGAAUGGUAGCCAUGAUAAUGCUGAGGACUCUGCAUAAAGACAUCGCUAGAUACAAUCAGAUGGACUCUGUGGAGGAUGCUCAGGAGGAGUUUGGGUGGAAGUUGGUCCACGGAGAUGUUUUCCGACCUCCCAGGAAGGGAAUGCUGCUGUCGGUUUUCCUCGGCUCUGGAACCCAGAUCUUCAUCAUGACAUUUGUCACACUUUUCUUUGCCUGUCUUGGGUUCCUCUCUCCGGCAAACCGUGGGGCUCUGAUGACCUGUGCUGUUGUUCUCUGGGUUCUGCUGGGAACUCCGGCUGGUUAUGUGGCCGCUCGCCUCUACAAAUCUUUUGGAGGAGAGAAGUGGAAGACCAAUGUUCUACUGACAGCCUUCCUCUGUCCUGGGGUGGUGUUUGCAGAUUUCUUUGUGAUGAACUUGAUCCUGUGGGGCGAAGGGUCUUCAGCAGCCAUGCCCUUUGGGACCCUGGUAGCCAUACUGGCUCUUUGGUUCUGUAUCUCAGUGCCACUUACCUUUAUAGGAGCAUACUUUGGCUUCAAGAAGGCAGGUAUUGAGCACCCAGUGCGGACCAAUCAAAUUCCUCGUCAAAUCCCACAGCAGUCAUUCUACACAAAACCAUUCCCUGGUAUCAUCAUGGGAGGAAUUCUGCCUUUUGGGUGUAUAUUUAUUCAGCUGUUCUUCAUACUAAACUCCAUCUGGUCCCAUCAGAUGUACUACAUGUUUGGCUUCCUCUUCCUUGUCUUUAUUAUCCUGGUUAUCACCUGCUCUGAGGCCACCAUCCUGCUCUGCUACUUCCACUUAUGUGCUGAGGACUAUCAUUGGCAGUGGCGCUCCUUCCUGACCAGCGGCUUCACUGCUGUCUAUUUCCUUGUCUAUGCCAUUCAUUACUUCUUCUCCAAGCUGCAAAUCACUGGACUGGCUAGCACCAUCCUGUACUUUGGAUACACCAUGAUCAUGGCUCUCAUCUUCUUCUUGUUCACUGGUACAAUUGGCUUCUUUGCCUGUUUCUGGUUUGUUACCAAGAUCUACAGUGUGGUCAAGGUGGACUGAUGAAUCCAAACACACAACAGACUAUUGCUCUCUCCCAUCGACCAUUUGACCAUUCAGCACUGUCAAACUGAACUGAACAUUACAUCCUGACCGGUCACCUUGUCAUUUCCUCGACCAGAGAGGAGUAAGCCUCGGACAGUUUUCUGUGUUUGGAUGCCUAAACUGUUUGUGUGUGAGCAUGUGUACACUGGGAUGUAAUUUUGUUCAUGCAGUAUAUAUCUGCAUAUAAUCUGAAUGAAAUGAAUCAUAACUCUACAAGCCUCUUCCCAGAAUCUCAUAGUUCAUCCCAGGUCACCUUCACUCACUACAGCUGGACUGUCAAGCCGGGACCUCAGAAGUUCUGUCUUUGUCAGCUGUGAUGUCAUGCUUUUUAAGUUUGUUCUAUGAUCCCUGCAGUCUGUGUUUGCAGAUGAAGUUGAAAAUCGGAGUCUGACAAAGCUGUAAGGGUCAGCUUCUUAACAGCCACUUUCUCAGAAAUUAUGUAUGCAUGUGAAAUGUUCCCUUGUUACUAUUUUAAAUAAUUUGUGUGCAGUACAUCUCUUAAGCUGCUUUAGCAAUCUGCAGUCUAUGUGCACAUUGUGUCUCAAAAUGUGUGCAAACUUAAACACUUAAUAUGACAAAAUGGGUCAGUAGGGCUGUUCCAUUUUAAAGGCUCCACCAAAUGCAGCAGAGAUAUGCAGCCUACUUUUGUUGACAUUUGAAGGUCACAACCAGUGAAUGGUUUGUAGAAUAGUUUUCAUUUCUGUCAGGUGCCUAGGGAUAACUGAUGAAUCCUCUGCUGACCAUUUGGGCAUAAGGCUCCCUUUUGGGGAAGUGGUUUCAGCCAGCUAGUAUUAAUCAAACAAAUUCUACAAAGGCUGCAUGUUUUGACAGAGGCAGCCAAUUAAAAUAAACCAGUUACAGUAUGACAGUUUCCAAGUAUUUUAAUUCUGAUCUAACGGAAAGCCAAAGUCCAGUCACACUUAAGUGCAAGCCUCUGUUCCUUGAAGGGCAACACACAGCUGAUAUCAUCAUCAUCAUGUGUCAACCAUUGUCCUGUUUAGCAUCAACUUGUGUCAACUCCCACGAAAAGCAGCAGUUUUAUCAUAUAACUUCCCCAGACAGGCACAUCUCUGCUACUUAUUUGUCUGUAUGAUGUGUUUGGCUUGUGCUAUGAGCUACAAAUGAAACAAUGGUCCAGUGAUGCAGCUGGUGUGUGUUGUACUUUCUGUUUGGUUUGUCCAGACAUUGUAGGUUUCAGCUGAUCUUCACAUCUGUCCCAAGUUUAAGACUCAUGGGAGCUGUAAUUAUUUAGUUAAGCAUAACAUAUUAAUUGUUUGGCAAAAUAAUGGAGGAGCUUUGGGUCAGAAGGUAGAGCGUGUCAUCCACUAAUGACAGGGUUGGCGGUUCAAUCCCCCCCUCCUUCUGUCUGCAAGUGUCCUUGGACAAGACACUGAACCCCAAAUUCCUACCAAUGGUCAUGGUUGCAUGGUAACUUGCUGCCAUUGGUCUGUGAGUGUGUGUGUGUGUGAAUGGGCAAAUGAGAGAUAAACUGUGAACCACUUUGGAUAAAAGCACUAUUUAAAUGCAGCCUUUUACAAUUUGUUUAUAUGAGGAACUGAUCGGAUUUUACCAGUGGCAACAGUAGUAGACACCCAUUACACUUGGGAUUUGGGUAGAAAACAUCAAUAUCAAGUUGGUUCAGUUUUGCUGAAAGAAUAUAUUGUGAAAAAGACUAGUGGAACUAGGUCUGUAGUAAUAUAAACUGCUUCUCUUAGUGACCUCAAGCAAAUAAUGCAAACUAAGAAGUUGCAGCAUUGAUAGAGCGUAUUUUAUUAACAAGUCUCUGGAACCGAGCACCUUUCCUAUUCUGUCUUGUUACAGUUUAUAAUAGGUUACAUGCAUUUCCCUGUACUGAUUCAGAACUCUGCACACAGUUCUCUUACCAAUAUAGAGCUCAGCACAACAGUUAGUCUCACAUCUAAACUGCACUAAUGCAACCAAAUACUUCAUACACAUCUCAACUGUGUAUCAUAACACUGACAUUGUCCCCUACCAAGAACACUUUGUCACUCAUAACAAAGUGACAUAAAAAAAUAACCAGUAGCAUUACAAUGUAUCACUAUGGUCUUUGAAGUAUCUUGUUUUAUUUGUUUGCAUAAACCAACACUGCAUUACAGCAAAAAGAACAGCCUUUCUUUACUGCAUGGAUUGUGUUGUAUUUGUCACAGAAAUGCAGCUAUAUGCUUCAGUAGGCUUUAUUUUCCUUAACUAAAGUAAUUCUACCAAUGCAAUACAAAACUAACAAGCAUAUAUUCAAUAUACAUACAUGUAUCAGGAAGCUACUGUUAACAGAUACACAGCAGGGCUAGUUAGUCCUGUCUGCCGUAUUUGGCUACAAGUUCUCAUCCUCAUCACACUUCUGUCCUCCAUAUAUCCUUAUCCUCUCUUGCCUGCUUUCCUCACUUGGCACAAGCCUUUCAUAGAGGUCCUCCAGGAAUGAAAUGAGACGCUCAGUGUUGUAUGGCCUAAUGAAUGGUUUCAGUAUUUUUAUUUUUAUAUUUUUUUUAAAUGUGGAUGUAGCAGAAUGCAGCAAACUGCAGUCUAAUUCACUGUCAUUUGGUCGUAGGUUUUGAACAUAAAUUGACCUGUUGUUAAAAUAGUAUGUAAACAUGUGCAGAAUGGACUGUAAGUACACAGUGUUGGUGGUUGAGUUUGAGUGAGAAAACAAACAUGAAACUUGAAAGAUGCUGUCCUUAAAUGUAAUAUUUUGCAAUGAAAAGAUAUUCAUAGUUUAGGUCAUAUUGCCUGCAGUUGUGCUAACGCUGAAUAGUUAAAAAAGUGAACGAAGUAUUGAGAAAUGCAUGUAACCAAUUGUAAAAAGCUUUAGGUUCUGAUGUCCUGUAAUGAAAUACAAGAGAGACAAGGGAUUGAACAGCUGGAAAUCUCAUGACCUGGUAAACUCAUCAUCACUCACAACCCAACAGUACAAACCACAUAAUUGCUUCUUAAACAAGUCAGGAAUAAUUACAUGUCUUCACUUUGCUGUGAAUGUAAAAUCAGAGAAAGCUGACAGACAUUCCCACCAUGAGACAGACUCACAUCUUCAGUGAUGACAGCUGACUGACUGAUUCAUAUUUUCAGCUCACAGUAGUAAGUCUGCACUUGUUCCCAUCUCUCUGUAGAACUUAGACCAUGUUUUCAAAGUGACUCAGUGAAGCAGGCCAUGUAUCAGAGGUUUUAUCUUGACCUUUUAAACGUUACAGUGUGAAACAUUUAUUGGUAAGAACUUUAAAGAAUGUAAAAAGUACAAUGUGGAGUAGGAACUGAACAAAUGAGAAAGAUGUGAAUGAAUGGACUUGUUCAUUAUCAUUCAUGUCUUUUAAACUGGUUUGUCAGAGUUUUUUGUGUUAUUAAUCCGGUUGGUCCAAUAAUCA